AAAACAAUUUUGUGAGCUGUUCAAAAAUACGAAGGAACGUGAUUGAGUCCGUUGUAAAAUUAAAGUGAAACAAUUUUAAUAUAAAUUUAAAGUGAAAAUGAGUGAAAAUUUCAACCCUGAUCCAGCAUCCCAAGGGGCUCUAACCCUACAAGACUCAGAACUAAGUUCAGAAAACAGCAUGUUCGUGUACGUAGAAACGGACAUCAAACCAGAACCGUUCUUCCUGGAACGAUCAUCCUCGACCAUCCUACAGAAACCCUCGGAACCUACUACACGCCACAAAAAACCUCCAACCUACGAACGGUGCGAUUUCUGCUUCCAACUGCUCCAGCCCGAAACAAGUGUCCACUUCGACGGGAGCGGCCAGUUCUCGCUGGAAAAGAAAAUCGAGUUUGUCCUCGCAACCGACCUGGGCCAAACCCCACCACGGUGCUGUGCCCACUGCUGGCACAUGUUCGAACUGUUUGCCGGCUUCAAACGGUCCUGCCUGGUGGCCCUGCGCAAGCAGGAAGAAUUGCGCGCCUUCGAAGUGCCCGGCGGUGCCGCCCAAACCGUAAUCCGAGUCGUCGCCAAAGAUGCUCCAACGCGGCCGCCAAAGCAGCCCGAGCAGACGCCCAAGGUCAUGCCGUCGGGAACGGUGACACAGGUGCGAUACCCGUGCGGCUCGUGCCCGCGAACCUUCGCCAGCAAGGCCGGCCUGAGCAUCCAUCGGCCACAGUGCAAAAAGGUCGACAAGCCACGCUUCCGGUGCAAACUGUGCCCGGCCUCUUUUCCGCGACCGCCUCUCCUGCAGAACCACAUCAACUGGCACAAUAACUCGAAACCGUUCCGCUGCCGGCUGAACAACUGCAUCGCCACGUUCACCAGCGAUGCCAGGCGCAACAAACACGAAAAGGAGGUUCUCAAAGAUCCGGAGCUGCGCUGCACGAUUUGCCACAAGAAGGUGCGAGUCGCUUCGUCGAUGAAGCGGCACCUGAGGCAGUAUCACAAGGACAGAAAUAAGGACAGCAGUAUCGCCACCACCGACGAUACCACUUCUGGUUCAUGCGAUAGCGGAACAAAAACGUGACUAAGCUGAAUAUCAUUUUGCGAGUAAAUAUUCUAUAAGAAAAGGGAUGAUUGCAAUGUGCGUGUGAUAAGCCGUUAAACGCACAAGAAAAAGGAUGCUGUCAUGUUACACGCUUACAAAAAGUUGCACAAUUUUGU